ACUUUCUGUAGUUCACCGACCAACACCUUUUCCCAUCAUCAAACAACUACUUCUUCGAUCCUCCAAUACUCAAAAACUAACAACCAAACAAACAAAUCAAACCGCAAUCAUGUCUGACAAGAACACUUCCACUCUCCAAUCCUACAUCGACGGUGCAACUGGAGCUGUCCAGUCUGCCAUCGGCUCUCUUACUGGCAACACAAGCCAGGAGGGACAAGGCGAGGCCAAGAAGGACAAGGCUCAAUUUGAGAACGAUGCUUCCCACGCCACUGCUAAGCUCGGUGGCUUCACAGCAUCCAGCUCAGGUGCUGUAACCAAGGACGACCCCAACCGCCAAGAAGGUUCAUGGAACCAAACCGUGGGAUCUGCUAAGGAAGCUAUUGGUGGCCUCGUUGGCUCUGAGGACCUGAAGAAGGCUGGAGCUCAACAAAAUGCUGAAGGGAAGGGACAAGAAGCUCAAGGUCAACUCAGCGACUUCGGUUCUGGUAUCGCCAACCGUGUUGGUGGUGCUGUUCAGGGAGGUAUUGCUGGUAUCACCGGUGAUCGCGAGGCACAAUUGAAGGCUCAAGAGCAACACGAUGUUGGCAAGACCAUGCAACGUGGCGCUGAGGCGGACAUCCAGAAGCAAAACUCUUAAGAUAUGAGGGACAUUGACGAUGAGAUGAGAAAACGAUGCACGGCUUUGCGAAUGUAUGAUAGGAUGGGAAACAAGGAAUGGGUUUCGAUGGUUUUGCGUCUGCAUGGUAACUCUGUUGAGGCCAUAGAUUGAC